AUUUUGUGAGCCAACGUCGCUGCCGCUGCUGUAGCUGCCACUGCUGCGUCCCCCCAGCCCCGACUCGGGUAUCCGUCGCCGUCAAGGCCUCGCCGGUUGUUUGCGUUUCUCUCUUUCUUUCCUCCCACUGCUGAACCUGAGAGAGCCCCGGGCGAACCCAGCCGCGGCCUUUUCCCCCCGAGCAGCGCCCAGCCACAGAAUCGCAUGUCCACUAUCCAGAACCUCCAAUCCUUCGGUUCAGUGUGCAGCUGCAGAGGGGCUCCUGUAUGUCAUUGGGUAAGCCCAACAGGCCUCUCCAGUGCCUGGUGUGAACAGACAAUGUAUUUUGGAACGGGCCCCAGAAGCUCCCCACUACAAUGCACAGGAGUUGCAUGGCAGACUGAUGUGGAAGGAGUUCUUUGAAGACCCCUUUGCUGAUGCAACUAAGGGUGACGACUUACUCCCGGCAGGGACUGAAGACUACAUCCAUAUAAGGAUCCAGCAACGAAACGGCAGAAAGACACUAACUACUGUUCAGGGGAUUGCAGAUGACUAUGACAAAAAGAAGCUUGUAAAAGCUUUUAAAAAGAAAUUUGCCUGUAAUGGUACUGUGAUUGAGCAUCCUGAAUACGGGGAAGUGAUCCAGUUGCAAGGUGAUCAGAGGAAGAACAUUUGCCAGUUCCUCCUGGAGGUUGGCAUUGUUAAGGAGGAGCAGCUGAAAGUUCAUGGCUUCUAAAAUGUGUGUGCUUACAUGAAGAACUCUGCGAGUUUUGUUCUUGCCGACGCUGGCUAUUCUGUGAAAUAUGAUUCUUUGCCAUAAAUGGACUUUCCAUUCCAAAUCUGAUUUGCUUUUGCAUGACUACAGAAAACAUGUGGAGUGUAGACUAGAAACACAUAAGAAAACUGCAGUAAGAUGGUAACACGAGACCCUUGAGAAUUUUAACACAUUUCCAAUGGAAAUGUUCUACUGCUGAUAGUUCAGUGUAUUACUUUUCACCUGAUUUAAAUGUUGUAUUAAAACCAUGUGUGUUGCAGCUUAAAUAAAAUGUCUCUUAUCUUAA